AAAGAAGUGAUGCCAUCUUCUUGAACGCGUCGAAAGAAAUAUUUUUUUUUUCCUCCAAGUGUUUUGUCUCUUCGUUGUGUUUUAAAUCGUGUCUCUCCAAAGUUACUGAUGACAAAAAGUUCUCCAGCAUCUUUCUGUAGACGUCACUCGUCAUGUUGGACCAGUUCGGGACACAGUGCGCCCGUGUGAGCGCAGAGAUCCGCCCCAAAGGGACCAAAAGCCGCGUAGUUCGGGUAGAAGCACCGGUGAUGGAGAACAGCACCAGGAAGAAAGUGAAUGACAAAGACGGGCUGACUUUAUUCCCAAAGAAGCUUCUAGUGGCUUUGGACCUUCUGUGCCUCGUCCUUGCUUCCAUCCCUUUCUUUGUGUCUGAGCUGAAGGCAGUGGGUCCAUACAGAAGAGGUUUUAUUUGCGGAGACUGCAGCAUCACCUACCCUUACCUGCGCUCGGAGGCCAUACCAGAUGAGAUCCUCAUUGUUGGUGGGAUCCUCAUCACGGGCCUCACAAUCGCUUUUGGGGAGUGUUACCGCGUGCGUUUUCUCGGCGCCACCUCCAAGGCUUUCAUCAGGAACAAGUAUGUGUCCUGUUUGUACAAGGAGUUGGGCUGCUUCCUGUUUGGCUGCUGCGUGGGCCAAUCGCUGACAAACGUGGCCAAGCUGAGCGUCGGCCGUCUGCGGCCGCACUUUCUGUCCGUGUGCGGUGUCACGUAUGCGUUACUCAACUGCACGCCGGGAACGUAUGUAGCAAAAGUCAACUGCUCCAGUCAUGACCAUCGCUUGAUAGAGGAGGCCAGGAAGUCCUUCUUCUCUGGGCAUGCCUCCUUUGCCAUGUACACAAUGCUCUAUUUAGCUUUUUAUCUUCAGACGCGGCUGACGUGGCGCAGGGCUCGCUUGUUGAGGCCCCUGUUGCAGUUCUUCCUGUUUUUGCUGGCCAUCUACACGGGUAUAACGCGCAUCACUGACAACCGACACCACCCGUCGGAUGUACUUGUUGGCUACACCCUGGGAGCCCUCACUGCAUACUGGGUGGCUUUCCACAUCUCGUCCAUGUUCAAGAGACCAAGUCCGGUUGAGACCCCGGAUGAGAACUUAUCAGCACAUCACAGCGUCUGCUGAAGCUCGCCUCCACCUCCAUCCACGCAAGCAGCGUGGUGGUGGUUCUUCAAAAGAUCGAAAGAAUGUGAGACUGUUUCCCGUGGAGUUAAACCGCAUACCUCAGCAUUUCCGACAAGAAAAAGAGGAAGAGGGCGGCAGAGGAUGUGACAUAACUAAAUGUGACAGAACGAGUACACACCAGUGUAGUCAUUCGCCUUACGGGUUAGUGCCACUGUUGUUGCCAUGACAACAAAUCACCAACUUUCAUUGUCAUUAAAGGUAGAUUUGCAUGGGAUGUUUUCUUUACUGCUUUUUGCAGUUUUUUGAGUGUCGCCAAAAAUCACCAAAAAAAAAAACGCACCACAUUCAUGGAGUUAAUCCCGCUUGCCGGGUUGAAGUUUCCUAAAAUCAGGGAUGUCAUACACAAUGGCAGUUCAAAUUUCCGAGUUGACACAAAACCUAACAAGCAUUUGUCCUCCAGUUUUUGGAAUCAUUUUCAUCCCUGAAUUUGAACACUCUGCCUUUGGAAUUUGAGUGUUGUUUGGUUUUGUAGUCAUACACAGGAAGGAUACUUCAAUUACAGUAAACCUUGGAUAUAUCGGAUUCAAUUGUUCCCACUGGUUUUGUCCGAUAUAAGCGAAAUCCGUUAUAUGCGUAUACCGGAAAAUGUCCGUUUUACGCAUAUAUCGGAUUUAUAUCCGGUAUAUGCGUAAAUCGGAUUUUAUCCGUUAUAAAAAGGCACUUCCUUGACUAUGUUUCCAAUGUACGUGGACGCGCAGGCAACGCUGCAAACGCUGCAAAUGACGUCGUAUAGCGGCCUGUCACGAUUCGGCGAAUCGGAGCGCCACGAUGCGGCCAUCCGAUAUAUGCGAGAGAAAUUUAAUGGAAAUGCAUUGGAACGGGACUGG